AUGAACCCAACUUUCAAAUAAUCACAACAAUUAGAAAAUAGUAGUAGCAUUAUGGGAAGCAGUGCUGGAUUCAAUAGAAAAAUCAAAUUGGCCUCAUAAAGACCUGGCAGCAGAGACUAAAAACUUAAAACAGGAGAAAUGUAAUUUGAAAAUACAUAACUUUAUAGAUUUCCCUAAUUUUAAGAUCCAUUAGCCACCAAUCCCUUUAAUUUGUUAAGUCUUAAUCUCUAUUAGGAUGAAAAUACAUUUAUUACAACAAUGAAAGCAGAAAUUCUUUAAAUACAAGAAGAAAUCAAUAAAUUAGAUAUUGAUGGACGCGUAUUAAUAAACAAUUCAAUUUUAGAUUCGAAAUAAUGACCCAAGACAAGAAUAUAGAUUACAAUAAGUGAAAAAAUGGGUUGCUUAAAAUUCUUAAUCUAAAUUAGCACUUGAAAAGUUAAAUAAUAUUGAGAUAUCAUAACUCCUAACUAUAUUAGAUGUUAGAACUUUAGAGUAUUGAUUUUGAUAAUAUUUAAGGGAAGCUGUUGUUAAACUCUAUAAAUUCAUAUCUAUCAUGGAUAGUAUGAUUAUGAAAAUUACAGAAUAUGAGGUUAUACAUUUGAUCAAAUUUGAUGAAAUAUUUAGUUCAUUAUGUCCUAAUUAUUAGGAAAAUUUACAAUAAAUAUCUGUUUUGAAAUUUCCAAUCUCAAUUGCUAAUUUAAAUCGAAUGACUGAAUUAUAUUAAGUUAAAUAAGAUAAGAAUUAACCAUAAAAGUUAGGAAAUGAUAAUAGCAAUAAUUAGAUGCUUCUAAAAUAAAAUAAACAAAAAGAUGAUUAAAUAAGUGAAUUAAAUAAAACAAUAAAAUAAUUAUAAUUAUAAUUGUAAAUAAGCAUGAAGGGAAAUAUUAAUAAUAAUAAUAAUAGUAAUAAUAAUAAUAAUAAUAAUAAUAAUAAAAAUGAAAAUUCAUAAGAACAAAUUGAUUAAAUUAGAAAUGAAUAUGAAAUUAAAUUGCAGAAACAAUAUGAAACUUUAAAUUUGAAACAUGAAAAAGAAUUAGAGAUAUUAUAAUCUUAGAUUGAAUAAUUUUAGAAAUAAUUAAUAUAAUUAAAAAAUCAUUAUGAAAAAUAAAUAUCCGAUUUAGUAUCAUAAAAUUAAUAAGAAUAAUUAAAUAUAAAAUCUUAAUAUGAAGACAAACUUAAAUAAUAAUAAUAAUAAUAAUAAUAAUAAUAAUAAUCAACUUAAAUUCAAACUUAAUCUAAUACACAAUAAUAAUCAAAUGGUAAUGCUAAAGAUCAUACUUUCUAUCAAAAGAUUUUAGAUAAAGCUUAAUAAGAGUAUAAUGAAAGAUAUAAAACUUUAGAAAAUGUAAUCUUAUUUUUACAAUAUAGGAUCUAAUCAAAUUAAGAAAUUAAUUGAUGGAAAAAUAAACAAUAAUUGAAAGUUUAUAAAGGGAAGUUUAGUAAUGGAAAGAAACCAUAGAUAGGUUAAAUAAAGUUAAAGUAGUUGAAUAUAUUAAGUUAGGAUGAAAUCUAUCAGUAAUUUUAAAAGCGAUACACAACUGAUGAAUAAUUUUCAAAUUCUUAUGAAGCAGCCCUAAAAUUAGAAUUUGAAACCAUGAAAAAAGCUUUUGAAUAAAAAAUAUAAAAAUACUAAUAAGAUUUAGAAACUUAAAGAAGAGAAGCAGGAAAACAAUUAAAUGAAAUACGUAUUUAGUUGGAGAGAGAACAAGAAACAAAAAAAUUAUUAUUGAAUAAACUAAGUUUAUAUAAUUGA